AUGGAACCUCUCAUAAUCAACGUCAACGGGGAAUCAAGCAUCACCCGCCUUGCCGACCAAGGUUCCCUCCGACUUACAGUCGAAUGCGAGGGUUCAGACCUCGAAACGGUAUCCAAAGAUGUCAUUUCACGGUCUAACAAACUCAGCGAACUCUUCAAAAAACUAUCCCCAAAAUCCAACGACGGCACUGCUACCGCCGACGCGGCGGUAACCAAGUUCGCCUCUACUUUCCUCCGCACGAGGAACUACACUAUCCACGACAAGGAUAACAAGCCCUUGCGCAAGGUGUACCAAGCCUCCAUGUCGCUGACCAUUGUGUUCCGUGAUAUCACCAAACUCAGCGAGGUGGUGGGCCAACUUGUGACAUACUCUAAUGUCGAAAUCAGUGCGAUUGACUGGAGUUUGAGCGAGGCUACGCAGAAGGAUCUGCGCGCGCGAAUGCGCAAAGAGGCUAUUCAUGAUGCGAUUGCUAAAGCCAAUGAUUAUGCCGAGGAGGUGGGGAGGGAAGUGUAUCCUGUGGAGAUCAUCGACGGCGGGCAAAAUGCUGUUGCGCAGUAUGCUCCUCCCGGGAGAUCUCUCUUUGGUGGUGGCGGUGGUGCCGUUGCCAUGAGGAGUAGUGUGAAAGGGGGAGGAGGUCUGUUUGGUAGUAGUGCUGCUACUUCUAACCGCCCAGAGCUUUCUGAGACUCUUGAUCUUUCUCCUCCGGAUAUUCAAGUUACGAGCUCGGUGUCUGUUAGGUUUCAGUCUGUCCCUGACAAAUGA